AUGUCGCCCAACAAUACAGCGCAGGACGCGGCGCAGAGUGCCUCCCUCGCCGACCCCGAGAAAUUCUGGGAUAGCCAUGCAAAAGAACUCCAUUGGCAUAAACCCUACAGCUCAGUCCUGCAGCGAAAGACAAAACGGCUACCAGACGGCACGACACAUCCUCAUUGGUCUUGGUUUCCUGACGGCGAGAUCAGCACCACCUACAACUGUAUAGACCGGCACGUGAAAGCCGGUAACGGCGACAAGAUUGCUAUGAUCUGGGACAGCCCGGUCAGCGGAUCGAAAGAGAAGUACACUUACAAUCAGAUGCUGGAUGAGGUGGAGGUCCUUGCAGGCGUCCUAAGGGAAGAAGGUGUGAAGAAGGGUGAUGUCGUUCUCCUAUACAUGCCCAUGAUUCCGGCGGCAAUCUUUGGAAUGUUGGCUGCCGUCCGCCUGGGCGCUUUGCAUGCAGUUGUCUUUGGAGGAUUUGCUGCCGCAAGUUUGGCUCAACGGAUCGAUGCCGCCAGGCCGAAGGUUAUUCUAACCGCCAGCUGUGCCAUUGAAGGCACAAAAGGGCCUUUGGAGUAUAGGCCGUUUGUCGAGGGAGCCAUUGAGCAGAGUGCUUGGAAGCCCAGCAAGACUAUUAUUUGGCAGCGGGAUAUCAGGAGGUGGGACCCCGUCAUCAAACACGCCGGCCAGCGAAAUUGGCAACGGCUGGUCAAGAGCGCGCGGAAUAGAGGUAUACGGGCCGAGGCCGUCCCAGUGAAAAGUACCGAUGGGUUGUACAUUAUUUACACCAGCGGCACCACAGGUUUACCGAAAGGUGUGCUGCGGGAAGCAGGUGGUCACGCCGUCGGCCUAAAUCUCAGCAUUAAAUAUCUCUUUGACGUCAAGGGGCCUGGCGAUGUCAUUUUCACUGGGAGUGAUAUUGGCUGGGUUGUGGGACAUUCUUAUAUUGUCUACGCACCUUUACUGGCCGGCGCGACGACCAUCUUAUAUGAGGGCAAGCCGAUUGGUACACCCGAUGCCGGUGCGUUUUGGCGCCUGGUUGACGAACACAAAGUCACAACAUUGUUCACCGCCCCCACCGCUCUCAGAGCCAUUCGAAAAGAAGACCCAGAGGACAAAUUCUUCAAGGAACGCGGUGAGAAGGGCCGCUUGAGACAUUGGCGUGGCUUGUUCCUUGCAGGCGAAAGGUCUGAGCCUUCCAUCGUUGUACAUUAUCAGGACCUUUUGAGCAAAUACGCCGCUCCAGAUGCGCGGGUCAUUGACCAUUGGUGGUCAAGCGAGUCAGGCAGCCCUAUGACAGGACUUGCAUUCCGACCCGCCAUUGGUCUCGACCCCAGGACCCGUGAAGAACACAAAACUCUGGCUAUCAAGCCUGGGAGCGCGGGCAAACCCAUGCCUGGAUUUGAUGUCCGCAUCGUGGAUGACGCCGGAAACGAAGUGCAGCAGGGGAGAAUGGGCAAUAUUGUCCUUGCCAUGCCCCUAGCGCCAACAGGUUUCACCUCGCUGUUCAAUGACGAUGCCCGGUUCUACAAAGGCUAUCUAAAGCGUUUCGAUGGCAAGUGGCUGGACACCGGGGACGCCGGGAUGAUCGAUCAGGACGGUUAUGUUCAUGUCAUGAGCCGAAGUGACGAUAUCAUCAAUGUCGCGGCACAUCGCUUCAGCACGGGCGCCAUCGAACAAGCCGUCACAUCACAUCCUAGUGUAGCCGAAGCCUGUGUUGUGGGUAUUCCUGACCCGAUGAAAGGCCAUUUACCAUUCGCAUUUGUGAUCCCGUCGGCUUCAACACCCUCCGAUCUACCGGCCACGCCUUCCAAGGAGUUUUUCGAUGGCAUCAACAAACUCGUGCGGACACAGAUCGGCGCCAUCGCCUCUCUAGGCGGGAUCGUUCAAGGCAAAGGAAUGAUUCCCAAGACCCGGAGCGGCAAGACACUUCGACGCGUGUUGAGAGAGCUGGUGGAAAAUGCCGUGGAAGGCAACUACGACAAGGAAGUCAAUGUCCCUGCGACCGUCGAGGACAAAGAGGUCGUUGAGGUUGCCAGGCAGAAAGUCAAGGAAUGGUUUGAAGCGAAGAACAAACAGCAGGUCGGAACGAAAGCGAAGUUGUAA